ACCCGGUGUCCACAACAACCGGAAGCCGAGUCAGGGCAGGCCACGCAAGCAGGCCUCGUGCGAGCCGUCCGAUCCGGCCUCGCUUCCGACGCGCCCAUCCGAGCCCUUCAUCACCGAACAUCGGCCCCACAAGACCUCAGUCCGGCGCCACCUCACCCCUCUCCUUCUUGUCCCCCGACUGGAGAGCCCCCUCCCGAGUCCCGAUCGCAUCGCGCGCUCCACCGUGCCGCCUCCAUCGCCUCCUGCCCCAACGCCGGCGACGGUGCGGCUGGCCGGCACUAGGCGGUGACUUACCCUUCUGUUUCUCGCGGCGCGGCAGUGUUCGCGAGUGAUCCGCCGGUUGGGUAUCAUUUCACUUGCAGAGGCCUGACACAAAUAGCAUACAUAAGGCUGCUGUAUACAAAAUGUCUGAGUUCCUCGAGCUUGAGGCUCUGGAUGGGAUAAGGAUGCCAUGGAACGUUUUUCCAGGCACAAAGGAGGAUGCUGUGAGCUGCGUCGUCCCUGUUUCUGCCAUCUAUACCCCUCUCAAGUCAAUUCCUGAUAUGCCAGUAGUCCCAUAUUCUCCCCUUCGCUGCCGCAUGUGUCGUUCAAUCCUCAAUCCUUUCUCCAGAGUAGACUAUAAUGCGAAGAUCUGGCUCUGUACAUUCUGCUUUCAGCGCAAUCAAUUCCCUCAACACUAUUCCUCGAUCUCAGAAAACAAUCUCCCUCCAGAACUCUUUCCUCAGUAUACCACAAUUGAGUACAUAUCCACUGCAGAAACAGGUCCUGUAAUGCCUCCUGUUUUCAUCUUUGUUGUGGAUACUUGCAUCAUCGAGGAAGAAAUUGGUUAUUUGAAGUCUGCUCUGGCACAGGCUACUGAGCUAUUGCCAGAUAAUUCCCUUAUUGGGUUCAUUACUUUUGGGACAUAUGUACAGGUGCAUGAAUUGGGUUUUGGUUUGUUGCCGAAGUCAUAUGUGUUCAAGGGAACAAAGGAGGUCAGCAAGGAACAAAUAUUGGAGCAAAUGUGCUUCUUUGCAGGCAAACAAAAGCCCACCACAGGGGUAAUAGCUGGAACUAGGGAUGGUCUUUCAUCAGAGAGCAUCUCUAGAUUCCUUGUGCCUGCUUCGGAGUGCGAGUUUGUACUGAACUCAGUUAUUGAAGAGCUGCAAAAGGACCCUUGGCAUAUUCCAGCUGAUCAACGUGCAUCAAGAUGCACUGGAGCUGCAUUAAGUGUGGCGGCCAGUCUCCUGGGGGUUUGUGUCCCUGGAUCAGGUGCUAGGAUCAUGGCAUUUGUUGGUGGUCCAUCUACAGAGGGACCUGGUUCUAUUGUAUCGAAAUCCUUAGCAGAGCCAAUUCGCUCACACAAAGACCUCGAUAAAGACUCGGCUCCACUUCAUGAUAAAGCUGUUAAGUUCUAUGAUCAGAUUGCCAAGCAGCUUGUGCACCAAGGACAUGUGCUGGAUUUGUUUGCGUGUGCAGUCGAUCAGGUUGGUGUUGCUGAAAUGAAGGUUGCAAUUGAGAAGACUGGGGGAAUUGUUGUGCUUGCUGAAAGUUUUGGUCACUCUGUUUUCAAAGACUCGCUUCUCCGCAUCUUUCAGUCAGCAGAUAACGGCCUUGGAUUAUCAUUCAAUGGUAUUCUCGAGAUUAACUGCUCAAAAGACUUAAAGAUUCAAGGCAUUAUUGGGCCUUGUACUUCCCUGGAGAAGAAAAGUCCUCUGUCUGCAGAUACUGUUAUUGGUCAGGGAAACACUAGUGCUUGGAAAAUGUGUGGUCUUGACAAGAAAACAUCGCUUUGCUUUGUAUAUGACAUCUCCAGAAAAGCUGGCCCAGAUUCAGGCGCUCAACAGACAGGCGAACAGCUCUACCUUCAAUUUGUAACCUAUUAUCAGCAUCAUGAGGGCCAGAUGAGAUUGCGAACUACUACGAUCUCCAGAACAUGGGCUUCUCGUUCUGAUAGUGUGCAGGAGCUGAUAGAUGGCUUUGAUCAAGAAGCCGCUGCGGCAGUUGUGGCACGCUUGGUCUCAUUUAAGAUGGAAACUGAGGCUGAUUUUGAUCCAAUAAGAUGGCUUGACCGUGCUUUGAUACGCUUAUGUACCAAAUUUGGAGACUAUCAGAAGGAAACACCCUCAUCUUUCAGUUUGUCUCCACGCCUAUCAAUAUUCCCCCAGUUUAUGUUUAAUUUGAGGCGUUCGCAGUUUGUCCAGGUUGAGGGUUCUCGCCUUUCUUCAUUAAACAAUUCUACAAAGAUGAAAACUUACAUGUUUAUACAUACUGAAUUGCUUCCCUAUAUGCAGGUUUUCAAUAAUAGCCCCGAUGAAACCGCAUAUUUUAGGAUGAUGUUGGAGAGGGAAAAUGUGGGCAAUGCAGUCGCAAUGAUUCAACCUUCACUUUUAUCCUACUCCUUUCAAUCAGGGCCAAUGCCUGUUCUCUUGGACGCAACUGCAAUUGCUCCUGACAAGAUCCUUUUGUUGGAUUCUUAUUUUUCUGUCGUUAUCUUCCAUGGGAUGAACAUUGCACAAUGGCGAAAUGCGGGCUACCAAGAUCAAGAAGGCCACGAGGUGUUCGCCCAGCUGUUGAAAGCUCCACAUGAGGAAGCCGACACAAUAAUGAAGGAGCGGUUCCCUGUACCCCGUUUGGUUGUCUGUGAUCAAUAUGGAUCUCAGGCUCGGUUUUUACUGGCAAAGCUAAACCCAUCAGUGGCAUACAACUCCGAUAACCCUGCCCCCGGAGGAGACGUUAUAUUCACGGAUGACGUGAGCUUCGAGGUUUUCAUGGACCAUCUCCAGCGGUUAGCGGUGCAAUAGGUUAUAUAUAUAUGAAUAUGACCCUGAGGAGAGCAAUUUUGUACCACCAAAGCGCUCAUCUCUUGUGGUGUACAGUAAAGAGGCAUUGUUCGUUCUUGUUUAUCGUGUCUUGUUACUUUGUAUUGUGUUGACGGGGUUUAUGCGCUUCGGUUAUCAAAGUGUAAAAAUGCGCCAAGUAAACUGUCAUUUCUGUUGAGAAAACAGGUCUUUUUCA